AUGGGAAAACACGACAAGAAGUCUGGAAAGGGUCGUCUAGACAAGUUCUACAGGCUCGCAAAAGAGCAAGGUUACCGCGCCCGUUCAGCCUUCAAGCUCAUCCACUUGAACCGCAAGUAUGACCUGCUGUCCAAGACAAAAUGCUGUAUCGACCUCUGUGCUGCUCCAGGUGGUUGGCUGCAGGUCGCAGAGAAGUAUAUGCCCAAGGGAAGCUUGAUCAUUGGUGUCGACCUCGUACCCAUCAAGCCGCUCCCCCACACUAUUACAUUCACCGCCGACAUUACCACCCCGGCGUGCCGUAACGAGCUCCGCACGCACAUGCACGACUGGAAGGCCGACCUCGUCCUGCACGACGGUGCGCCUAAUGUUGGUGCGGCGUGGGUGCAGGACGCGUUCACGCAGAACGAGCUUGUGCUCCAGUCACUCAAGCUCGCCUGCGAGUUCCUCAAGAAGGGCGGUAACUUUGUCACAAAGGUGUUCCGCUCGCAGGACUACAACUCGCUCAUGUGGGUGUUUUCCCAGCUGUUCAAGCACGUCGAGGCGACCAAGCCACCGUCUUCGCGUGGUGUGUCUGCUGAGAUCUUCGUCGUGUGCCGUGACUUCAUUGCACCCAAGCACAUCGACCCCAAGUUCCUCGACGCCAAACACGUGUUCAAGGACGUCUCCCAGCUCCCAACUUCCAUCACCGAGCCUGAGGCUGGAGCCGCCGCGCCAGCAACCCAGACUGCAACGCAGGCGGUCAACGCCGUCGCCCGCCUCGCCAACAACCCGCACGCCGAAUCCAACGUCUACAACCCCGAGAAGACGCGCCGCCAGCGUCAGGGUUACGCCGAAGGUGAUUACACGCUGUUCCACAAGGCGUCGGCACACGACUACAUCCACGGUCCGGACCCGGUACAGAUUCUGGGUACGAUGAACCAGAUCGAGUUCGCAACCGAGGAGGAAAAGGCUUGGCUCAAGUCGCGCCACACUACGCCAGAUGUCAUCGCCAACUGUGCCGACCUCAAGGUGCUCGGCAAGCGCGACUUCAAGGAGCUCAUGAAGUGGCGCCUCGCGAUCCGUCUCGAGAUCGGCCUCGACGUCAAGGCCACGGCCGAGGAUGAGGCAACCGAGGAGGUCAAUGUCGAGCCGAUCGACGAGGAGGAGCAGAUCACUGAGGAGCUCAAGCGCCUGCACGACGAGAAAAUGUCCAAGCAGAAGCGCGACAAGAAGCGCAAGAACGAGAUCAAGACACGGACGAUUCAGAAGCUCAAGCUCGGCAUGACGGCACCGACCGACCUGGACAUGGAAGACCGCGAGUUGGCCGGUGAGGAGAUGUUCGACCUGGGUGAGGGCGAGCGCGAGAUCGCACGCGCUGGUGGACGCAACCUUCGCGACUUUGUUCAAGACGCGGACGGCAUGUCUGAGUCGGAGGACGAGGUAUCAGGCGAGAUCCGUCCGGAAGAAGAGGAGGAGGUGCUCUCCUCUGACGAGGAGCGGGAGCAGCGCACGGCAGCGCUCGAGGCAGGCCUCGACAGCAUGUACGACGAGUACCGGGAACGCAUGGCGGACCGCGACGCCAAGUACAAGGUCAAGCAGCAGCGGAUGAAGGACCGGAACUUUGACGCGUGGCACGGUAUCCGCGACGGCAGCGACGACGAGGACGACGGCGUCGACAAGGGGUACCGCGACCAGAUGGUGCGGGUGCCUCGCCGUGGUGACAACGAGGAGGUCGAGGACUACGAGAGCGAGGAUGGCGGUUGGGACGUGGUCGCGGCGGAGAAGGCCAAGCUCGGUGAGGAGCCAAACAGCGACGACUCGAGCGACGACGAGGCGCCAGCUCCCGUCAAGCCCAAGCGCAAGGCCAAGAUCACGAUCCCGGACAAUGCCCGCCCUCUCGCGCCCAAGCCGAAGCGGUUGAUGACGACGCUCGCGCCGGAUGAAUCGCGCGCCAACAUGAGCCGGCAGGCGCAGGUGUGGUUUGACCAGGGCGUGUUCAAGGACUUGGGAGACCUUGGUGCGCUCGACGGGCCCGAGGACGACGAGGAUGAGGACGACGAGAUGGACGAGGACUCGGAUGAUGAGGAUGAGGACGGCGACUCGGACGUCGAGAUGGCGUCGGAUUCUGAAUCGAGCCUCGAGUCAACGCUCGACGACGAAGAGGAGGACGAGGACGAGUUUGAGAUUGUGCCGCAGGAUAUUGAUGACGAGCCUGAGUGGGAUGUCGACGACGAGGAUCAGGACGCGACGCUGCAGGACCAGAUCAAGAAGAAGGGUCUGUUGACUGCCGAGGCCCAGACGCUUGCGAACAAGCUGGUGAACCGCGAGAUCACGGCGAGCCAGCUCGUAGACCAGGGCUUCAACCGCCUCUCGACGUACAACAAGGACGGUCUGCCUGCGUGGUUCCUCGACGACGAAGCCAAGCACUACCGGCCCAACAUCCCGAUCACGAAGGAGGCGAUCGCGGCACUCCGCGAUCGGCAGAGGGCAUUGGACGCGCGGCCAAUCAAGAAGGUCGCCGAGGCCAAGAUGCGCAAGAAGCGGGUCGAGCAUACCCGUCUCGAGCGAGCUAAGAAGAAGGCUGCCGGCGUCAUGGAGACCGAGGACCUCAACGAGAGCGAAAAGGCUCGCGCUGUCGCCAGGCUCCUCCGUAGGGCGGCCAACACUAAGCGGCCGGAGAAGAAGAUUGUUGUUGCGCGUGGAAACAACAAGGGUAUCCAGGGGCGGCCCAAGGGCGUCAAGGGCAAGUACAAGAUUGUCGACGCGCGGAUGCGCAAGGAGACGCGCGCACUCAAGCGUAUCGCAAAGGCCAGCAAGAAGAAGAGGCGGUAG